CUGAGGGCGUCCCCAAAGAAGGUUGGUGACAAGUUUCAGAACUAUCUUCUCCCCUUUUUGCCUUUUUAUCGCAUACCCAUCGCUGUGUGUGUCUCUUGACUUUUGGCGUUAAGCUUUAUUUAUACUUACAAGACGUACCAUUAACGCAUACGCGCAGCGUUUACAGAGAAAACACAAAAACUAUGGCUGGAUUCUAUUCGUACCUUCUCGGGACAACUGUCUCUUUUCUCUCCAUUGUGGGAUUGUAUAUGCUUCUUACAGGCACAGGUGAAGCAUUCAAUGUCGGCAAACUUCUUCAAGAAACAUCACCUUAUGCUUGGGCCCUCAUCGGUAUGGCGCUUUGCAUCGGCCUCUCGGUCACGGGCGCUGCUUGGGGUAUCUUUAUUACGGGCGCCUCGUUAUUGGGUGGUGCCGUCAAAGCUCCGCGUAUCCAAUCGAGAAACUUGAUUUCUAUCAUUUUCUGUGAAGUCGUCGCUAUCUAUGGUGUCAUCAUGGCCAUAGUUUACUCGGCCAAAUUGAACGAGGUGGCCGCCGAUGCGUUGUAUACGCGAUCCAACUACUUUACUGGUCACGCUAUCUUUUGGGGAGGAUUGACUGUGGGUGUAUGUAACUUGCUUUGCGGCGUCUGUGUGGGUGUUACAGGUUCCAGCGCAGCAUUAGCCGAUGCUCAAGAUCCUCAACUGUUCGUCAAGGUGCUUGUGGUUGAAAUUUUCGGAUCUGUUCUUGGUCUUUUCGGAUUGAUUGUGGGAUUGCUGACCACUGGUAAAGCGUCCGACUUUCAGUAGAACGAUUCCUCGUAUAUACCUCCUCAUUUCCUCUUUGUCUGAUUCAAUAAAUCUCUAUCCACACAAUGCUGCUGAACCGCUCUUUUCAUGCAGUGUUCCAACCCUCAUUCCAAUCCAGCGUUAUUACAGAAUGAUAACCAUUUGUAUAUUACGGUGCAAAUUUCUAUACGAAAAAGUUGCUUGCCAUAGCAACUGUUGUGUAAUUUAAUCGCAAGGGACUUUUUAUGAAUGUUUC